CGUCGUCGUCGGAGAGGCGUCACGUCACGGAUCCGCAGCGACCGACAGAGAUGCUGAGGUGACAGGCAGAAGGAGAAAAGGGACGCUCCGGUUCAGACACAUUUCCACCAGCCGCUCCUUCCUUUAUCCACAAAUCACCGAGGCCGUCUCUUCCUAUGGACGCUCCGCUCGCGAUGGGACUCCGCUCCGCGUCUACGCCGCCGCCGCCUCCUCCUCCUCCUCCUCACACACGGGAUUUUUCGUAACCACACCCGGGCGCUUCUUUGGAUCAAGGAUCGGCAGCGAAGACCCGAGGGUUCUCCUCAUGCCCGGCCCAGUGUGAGGCUGCUGGUCGAGGGGGAGGAAGCAGUGAGGACAGCGUCCCCGAUCCGCUGACGGGAUGAGCGGGGGAGCGGAGCAAGCCGACAUCCUAAGCGUGCUCUCACUGGUCAAAGAACGAUGGAAAGUGGUGAAGAAGAUCGGGGGCGGCGGGUUCGGGGAGAUCUACGAGGCGCUGGACCUGCUGACGCGGGUCAGCGUCGCUCUGAAGGUGGAGUCUGCCCAGCAACCCAAACAGGUGCUGAAGAUGGAGGUGGCCGUGCUGAAGAAGCUCCAGGGUAAAGACCACGUCUGUCGCUUCGUCGGAUGCGGCCGCAAUGACCGCUUCAACUACGUGGUGAUGGAGCUUCAGGGUCGAAAUCUGGCCGACCUACGGAGAAGUAUGAGCCGGGGAACAUUCAGCAUCAGCACCACCCUGCGGCUGGGACGGCAGAUCCUGGAGGCCAUCGAGAGCAUCCACUCCGUCGGCUUCCUGCAUCGAGACAUCAAACCGUCCAACUUCGCCAUGGGUCGCUUCCCCAGUACCUGUCGGACCUGCUACAUGUUAGACUUUGGGUUAGCUCGCCAGUUCACCAACUCCUGCCAGGAGGUCAGACCGCCCCGUCCGGUGGCAGGGUUCAGAGGAACAGUCCGAUAUGCAUCUGUCAAUGCACACAAGAAUAAGGAAAUGGGUCGACACGAUGACCUGUGGUCUCUCUUCUACAUGCUGGUGGAGUUUCUGGUCGGCCAGUUGCCGUGGAGGAAGAUCAAGGACAAAGAACACGUGGGGAAACUGAAAGAGACUUACGACCACCGUCUGAUGUUAAAACAUUUGCCAGCGGAGUUUGGUGUUUUCUUGGAACACAUCUCAAGUCUCGACUACUUCACCAAGCCAGACUACCAGCUGCUGAUGUCAGUGUUUGACAACAGCAUGAAAACCUACAAUGUUGUUGAGAAUGACCCCUAUGAUUGGGAGAGAACCAGCACAGAUGGCACCCUGACGAUCAGUGCCAGUGCUACAACGCCGCAACAUCACACCCGCCUCACUCCGGCACACAUGGGCAUGGCGAACGCCUCCUUGAUCCCUGGCGACCUCAUGAGAGAGAAUACAGACGAGGUUUUGCAGGAUGAGCAGCUCAGUGACGUGGAGAACAACCCCGCUCCGGAACGCCUGCCGGGAUCUCCCCUCCAUCAACACCGCAACCAGGAGGCGGAUGUCUGGGAGGAGCUGGAUCGCAAUCGGAACCGCAUCAGAACGGCGGUUUGGAAGGCAGCGACAGAGGAGGAACACAGCAACAACCAGGGCAACCAAGGCCACCAGAGCCCCUACGCCGGGCCGAGCCUCGGCUCUCCCGUCAAACUGCCUUCUGAGGUGGUGGCUUCGGAUCGAGAUGGCCCUCUGCUGAGGAAGCUCCGCAACAUCCACAGCUUCGAGCUGGAGAGGAGGCUCGGGCUGGAGUCCAAGCCCAGUCCAGAGCGCUUCCUGGAUGGCGGUUCAGCAAAGCAGCAGCCCGGCACCGAGCACCAGGAGAAGGAGGCCAAUGGAGCUGCGGUCAUCCCAGUCACUCAGGGUCAAGCCAUAAACGCCGGGGAGCGUCCCGAUAGGGUCUGGCACUACGACGAGGAGUUCCUGUCUGGUGGCGGUUCUCCCAAGCCAGCUUCUCCUGCAUCUCUGGAGCAGGGAGAGGGGGCAGCAAGCAGCGGGGGCUUUGUGGCGCUCAAUCUGAGCUCUGGGAGGCAGGACGUGGACUCCAGGGAGUGGGUGAUGGUGGAGCGGCCCGGUGGCUCUCCGGGAGCGAAGGCCACCGCCAGCCCUUCAGAGGAGGACGAGGAGCCGGAGGUGCUCCAACCGGAGGAACAGUGUCCCGGUUGGGAAAAGGGCAGCCCGGGCCCGAGCUCCGGCAAAGCUAAACACGAAAGCACGGCCUCCUCCAGGGGAAGCGCAAAAAUGGACAAGUUGGAGCUUAGCGUGGGCCCGGUAGGGGCUCUGCCCCCUGUCACUCCCACCAGCCCCGCCGAGGCCCUGGCAGAAGGAGUUCUCACUCAGCUCCCCACUUCUCCUCCGUCUCUGCCCGAGGAGAUUGUGGCCCGGACAUCCAGCCCCAUCCCUCUGCGCUCUCCCAGCCCUCACACCCUCCUGACCACCCUGUCGGACCCGCUGCACCACCGCCAGCCGCCCGGCAUCAGGCGCAGCCAGUCCGCCGAGCAGCAGCAGCAGCAAGACCGCCCCUCCUCCUCCUCCUCGUGCCACGCCUCCCUACCUCUGCCACCAAACCCCGCCCCCGGCACUCGCUCACCCAGUCGUAGGAAACUACCGGCCAUCCCUGCGGGUGCCGCCAACACCAAGUUCCCCUCAGUCAUACGCAUCACUCGCGCCCAGCUCCAGCAGCUGACAGCUCAGCGUCCCUCUGGGCUGUCCUCCCAGUCGGGGACGGACAGCGCUCCGCAGUGUCUCCUGCUGGAGAGACGCGGUGAAGCAGAGACUGAGGCCCAGCAGGCCCAGGAGAACACGGUCGACCUCAGCUCCCCUCAGGAUCAUGUGCCCACCCGUCCGGGGACGCCGACGGACCCUCUGGCCGAGACGCUGGCCAAUGGAGACGGCCACACCAAAGCCCAAAGCCCCGUGCCAAGCCGCGUGUCUUCCCCGCGUUCACCACGCACACCUCCUCUGCGCUCGCCGUCCUCGCCGCGCUCUCCCCGCUCCCCCCGCUCCCCCCGCAGCCCCGUCCUAGCCAACGGCCACCUCUCCCCUCCAGUCAGCAGCCAAAGUAAUGGAGCCGCUCCCAGGUUAAAAGACCCGGAGGAUGAUUCCGCUCCUGCUCCCUGUGCCACAGAGCCUCAGUUAAACGGAGAGGGUGAAGACGUGAAUCAGGCGCGAGAUCAGACCACUAGCCCCGCCCCCUCUUCCCCCGCUGCCCCCCGCAAGGAUCCCACCCGCAGGCAGAGCCGCAUCCCCGUGCUGGAGCCCUCCAGCCUGCUGGAGCUCCCUCCUCCGGGGUCGGCCAAGGAGAAACUCCUGCAGAAGAAAGCCAGCCACCACGGCCCGGUGCCCUCUCCCACAGCCUCGCCGUCCCUCUCCGACAGGCGGGGUCCCAUAGUAGCCUCCCUGGCGAGGGACCCGCUGUCCUCCACCUCCGACCGCUCUCAGGACGAGGACUCUCUGAUGGGCUCGCGUUCCGACCGCCAGGGGGAUGACGCUCCGUCCCUGUCGUCCUCCUCCAGUCCCUUGUCCCGCAAGAGCCGCAUCCCUCGUCCUGUUAACUCAACCUCGUCUGCCGAGCAGCUGGCGAACCAGUUCCUGCCACGACCACCUCCUGGAAAGCCACCAUGCCGCCCCACUGUGGAGGGCAGGCUCAGGCGCUACCGCAUCCGCGCCGGCAGCACCAGUGACUCAGACCUCCUGACCUGCCUGGCUCAGCUGAUGCAUGGCUCCCGCGGCUCCCCCCUUCACCACCGCUCCUCGGCCGGGCACGGCGGCUCCAGGAUGGGCAUCUGCAGCCUGACGAGCUCCCCGCACCACCACCGCAGCUCCAGCGCCUCGCCCCGCAGCUCCUCGUCCCUGCAGCGCUCCGUCAGCUCCUCGCCCUCCCGCCACGAGCACCGCGGCGGCGGCGGCGGGGGCUGCCUGGGCCGCAGCCGCUCGCCGCCCAGCUUCUCGGGCUCGCCGCCCCCCCGCCGCUUCUACUCCCACCACCAAGAGACCUGCUGUAGCCGCCAGGCGCGCUCGGGGCCCUUUCACCUGACCAGGGGCAAGGGCUGCAGUCGGGAGGGCAAGUGCUCCAGCAAGCUGAGCAGAUAGUUGCCCGUGAGGUGCUGCCGCUGCAGAGGAUGGGAAGACUUUGACUGCGAUAGGGUCGACACUCGUCAUCAUAGAAGCCUGUGUCUUCCGCUGUGAUCAGAAACAUUGCCCUUAUUUUGCUGUUAGUCUGAACUUUUCACGUCUCGCUGCUUCCCGGUGUUACGUCCCCUCCCUCCGUCUGCAGGCUGGUUCUGUCAUUCAUUUAUGUGCCCAGCUUUCUUUCAAGUGAAGCUCCAGUGAUUUAGGUUCGCACUAAAAGUCGAUGGGCUCGUGAGAGAGAGAUUUUAAAAAUUACUGAGUGGGGAAAGAAAAAACCCCCCAAAAAACUGUACUUAAGUCAAUUAAGCUCUAAAAAUGCUGGUUCCUGCAUUUCUCAUUACUCUGUAGCACUUUUCAUUACUUCAUAAUGAAAACGCCACAGAGCAUAUCAUCCAGCAGCUCACUGGCUGAUUGACGAUGCAUAACCGGGAGAUUGGACUUCAGUGGUUAAUAUGACGGAGUGCUUUAUUUUAACCAGACGUGCAGCGUGGUCCCAGACAGCGUCUUCACUUUAUGCACAUCAGCAUGUUGCAGGUCGGAAAAGUGAGGCUGCAAAAUGAGCGACUUCCUGAUGGAAGCAGCGCUACGAUGGAAAAAUCAAUUGUGAGGUGGGUUGGUGGGCACAUAAAUAAAUCACCCUCCUGCCGAUCCAGCUUCGAGCCAUUCUGCACCACAAUAUAUAGUAACUUUUUAAAGCAUAUCUGCAGUAUUAAUGCAUUUGAAUGAUACUGAUGGAGUUUCACUGUAGCCGAUUACAACUGAGUAAAAUAUUUGGCUUGAGCUUGACUCAGUUCUCUCUCCUCUGCUUUUGGAGACCGCAGCAGGGUAUGACGUUUACUUUAUGCUAAAUGUGAAUGCAUAAAGCCAGAAUUUGUGUACAGCUGUAUUUAUUGAGAUAUUUAUUUUGAUGCCGAGUAACGCUAGCGACUCCCGCCCCCUCGUGUGUGAUCGUGGAUGUGUGGUUCUGUGUCACUCGAGGUAGUUUUCAGUGUUUAAUCGAAAGGGAUUACCUGAAGUGACCCUUUAUACAAUCAAUCAUGUGAAGUGCGUGUGGACACACACCUUUUUGUGCCUACUGUGUUACUGAGAGGGAAUCCAAGUGUCACUGAAUGAAGGGAUUACAGGGCAGAGCAGAGGAACUCCGUUUCGAUACGCCGGCGGGGGAGGUGCACUUUUCCAGUCGCGGUUAUUGUUAUUGUAUUUGUUGUUGUAGCAGUAGCGAGCAUAAAGGACACAAGGUGCAUUACUGACGGGUGAUGCUCGGACGCAGACGUUCGUCUCAGCCUGUGCCUUGGCACUUUGGGCAGCUUAAGGAUUCACUCUGGUGUGUUUGUAAUUACACAAUAAGGAGCCAAAAAAAACAAGACUCGUGCCAGCAGCUAUGAGUUAAACCCUGUUCGUUAGCACUCAUUUAUGUAGAAGAGGUAGCAACAGAAGCAUUUGUAAAUCAAAUACAGUUUGAGGAAAGAGUAGCUCUCUUUGUGACAUGUAGGUCGUAUUACCUGUUGUAGCUGUCCUGUGUCCGUAUCAGGUCAGUGUUAGAGAUAAAACUCUGAGCAAAUGUGAAUUUCAGACCUCGAAAACCACUUUGUCAAAUUCUAUAGAAAACGGAGGCCAUAUGUACAUAUAAUUCUCACACCAAAACGAUGCUCCACGCCUCCAUGCGCAAGAAUGUUUGAUUGUACUGAGUUUCUCCUUCGAUGGAGAAUAUCUUUCACAUAACUUGCAGUAUGUCAGUGCACAAGGCGAAGGAAUCAGAGUAUUGUUUGUGUUUGAUUUUAGUUAGGAUUCCUCACUUCGAUUCUCCCCCACCACUUCCUCCCACUCCUCUGCUUGUAAGAUACUGUAAAAUAACCUUGGCUUCCCUCCAGUGCUACUCUUUGCAUGCUAGACACAGGAAAAAAACACAUUAGAAAAAAAAAAAAACAGGUUCAACUACUGAGUAAAAAGCUGCAUAUACCACCUAGCGUCACAUGGCAUUUUAUGUUGUGAGGGUUUUAACCUUGCAGGGAUUCCAUUACCUGUCAGGUGAGCCAAUUUAAUGUGGAUCUAUUUAUUCUCUUUGAGUAAUCUUUAAUAUUUUUUUUUAAAUUCCUCCCACCUAAUGUUAGUUUUCUGCACUUCAUGCAUUGACGUUGAAUGACUGUAGCUGGAAUAUGAUAGACUGUGCUUUUAGUAGUGCAUAUAAGUGACACAAUGUACUAAAUAACUGAGGUCUUGUACUGAAAGAAAGACUGACAUCUCUUAAAAUAUAGCUUCAUAUGUGACCGAGGGUAAAGUAAAUCGCAUUGCCAAACAGAUGGAUGGAUUUCGCUGAUGCUUUUUUUUUUUUUGAAUAGUUAUGGGAGAGUAAUGAAUGUGCACAUUGCUUUGUCGACAUCCAACGUGCAGAUCCGAUCCUGCGGUUCCCUUCGCGAGCCUCACAGAGCAGCUAUGAUGACUCAUCCUGAAGGCAGACAGCGUUCAGUCAGUCAAACGCCUUAAUGUCUCUUCUCUGCCCCUCUGUGCAUAGUGAGGGAUGACUGAGCCUUGUCUGUGUUGGAUAUCAUUCCACUAUGAGGCCGAGCCAAGCCUUCCUGUCACUUACCUUGUGUCUGUGAAUGGCGAGUGUCUCCACGGUCAAUCUACCACCACUGAGAUCAAAGCUGUGUGCGAGCUGGAGCGCUCCCCGUUGUCCUGAGCGCGUGGACCAUUUCCCGGUUGACCUGUGGAAAUGAGCUCAUUUCAGGGGUGCGCCAUUCGAGGCGUGUUUGUUCGUAGUGUGACUGCUGGGUGCUCUUGAAGAGGGCUGUGCAAUUCCUACGUCGCCAGCAAUCGAUCUUUGAAUUCUCCCUCUUUCGACUCUCUAUUUCCAGAUAUUUCAAGCUUUCAAAGUUCAGAACUCUGUUGUGCAGACUUUUAAUAUAUACCUGUAAAAUAUUCAAAAUAAUAUUUAAAUAAAGUCAUUAUUGUACAACUAUAACUUAUAUGCUAACAGGCAUCGGUGAAAGGGACAGACACUAAACAGUGCUGCUGGUUUUAAAAGAUAAUCAGACUUCUACUCGUGUUUUCUUUUAAUUAUUAUGGCACAUGUGUUGUGUGUAGUUCUAGUAACAGUGACACAUUAUGAAUGACAUUUUCUUUGUCACUUUUU